AUAAGUUCUGUUCUAUUGAAUGGUGGUUGGCAAAUGUGUUUUUGUGAUUGAUAAUUUGUAAAAUGUCGAUGAGAUUUCUUCGUUGGUAAUAUUAAGAUUAAGUAGUUUCUAUUACUCUAAUCUAUUUAGCUGUAACUGGAACAGGUAAAAUAGAUUUUGAGUUUCUAACGUAUUUAUAUUUUUAUAUAUAUAAAUAUGUCUAAAGAAGAAGUACUCUUAGAACUUGUCUUGGACAAAUUUUCAAAUAUUAAAGAAGUUCUUAGUGGUACGAAGGACAUUGAAGAUUUUUUAGUUAAACUUAAGUUAAAUGAGAAUGAAGAAGUAGAUGUUAUUUUAAAGAAAGCAAAAAAUUUGAUCGAUUGUCUUUAUGAUCACUCCGUUAUAGUCAAAGACGAAUUUUAUAAAAAAUACAAUGCACUUGAAAAUUUAACUGAACAAGAAAACAAUGGUCAUUGUGAGAAGGCUGUUGAAGAAAAUUCAUCAAAUAUUGAAUCUGUAAUGAGUACUGAAAAUUUGGUAAAUACUGAAAUUGAAAAUCAAACGCAAGAAAAUAUCGAACAUGUUGAAGGUAUCAUUGAAGAAGAAAGAGAUAAUCUCAAUGUAGAAGAAAAUGGAGAUAAAGAAGUUGAAGAAGAAAAUCAUAAUAAUUUGGAAGAAGAUCCUUUAAAAAAUUCAGAAAGUCCAAAUAUAAUUGAAAGUAGUAUUCUAGAAGACAACGAGGAAAAGGAAAAUUUGGAUAAUGAAAAGCAAUCAUCAGACCAAAAACCGAUAUGUGAGGAAAAUAAACCAGAACAUAAGUCUUUAAUUCGUUUAGUUGAUCUUAGUAAACUAAUAGAUCCUAAGCAAAAAAAAUCUGUUAAAUUUGAUAGCUCCAUAAUAGUUCUAACAAGCUCUGAUGAAGAAACUCAGACUCCAAAGAAAACAAGUGAUGCAAAUAUGGAAUGUGGUCUUUUGAAGUCAGCUCUUAAACCUCCUAAUUCUGAUGGUGAUAAUUGUUCAAAAAGUAAAGGAAAGGAGUUAUUAAAACAUUUAAAAUCAUCAAAAACUAAACAUAAAACAGACUCUGAAGAAAGUGAUAGUGAUGUAACAGUUUCUAAAACGUUACAAAAUGAAAAGAAAACUAAAGGGCAAUCAAAACAUGAUAAAACUUCUUCUAAAGUUUCGUCAGAUUCAGAUGUCCAGGAAUUUCAAGAAAAAGAAACUGGUUCCAAAAAAUAUAAGAAGAAAAGGAAUUAUGAGGAAAAUGGUAACAAAAAAUCUAUAAACAAAGAUGUUAUUAAAGAUAACAGUCAACAUAAUUCUGAAUCGGAAAGUGAUAACUUGUCAGGGGACGAAAAUACCACAAAUAAGGAAACUGAAGAAUCUAAAGACGGAUCCUUACGGAAGUCUAGAAGACUUAAAAAUAAUCAAACAUCCAAAGAAAAAGAAAGAGCAAGUCUAAAAAAACUGUUUAAACGCACACUAACUAGAGGUAACGUUUCUUGUUCUGAAACAAAGAAAAAAUCGAGAGAGGAAAGUAGCAGUGAUUCUGAAUCUGGAUCUAUUAGGAAAAGGAAAGUCUCUGGAAAGAAGUCAGAUUUGAUUGAAAAAGAGUUAUCUGAUACAUCAAGUUUAUCAAAUACUGAAACUGACAUUAGUGCUACUAAAAGCAAAACUAAAAAAAAUAGCACUAAGAGAACAAACGACAGUAUACUGCAUACUGCUUCUUUAAGUACAAAAGAUGAGAAGUUUAAGUGUGAGGUAUAUAUACCACUUCCUCGUAUUGAAUGUGAACGGAUGAAGGAAAUCUAUUUAAAAAAUAAGGAAAUCUUUGAAAUAAAAAGAUUAACUAAAUUGAAUUUGUCAAAAAAACAGAAAAGAUCCCGAGGAGCCAAAAAUGAUACCGACAAAUCAUCCAGUGAUGAUGGAAAAUCUAAAAGUAAAAAAUUAAAAAAUGUUGCAUCUGAGAAGAAACCUUGUUCUGAGGAGGAGGUAUCUACUGACGAUGAACCUUUUAUGGAAUCAAAGAAUAACGACAUAAGUGAAACAGACCAAGACUUAGGGGAAAGUACAAAUAAUAAGGAUGAACAAAUGGCAGAUAUUGUUGUGGAAAAAUUAAAAGAAUUUGAUGAUGAGAAAAAAACACAGUCUAGCAAUAGCGAAUCAGAAGGAGAGUCUAAUAAUAGCGAAGCUCAAAAAAAGAAAGAUGAAGAAAAGGCACCACAGGACAAAACUGAUGAUGAAGAGAAAGAAAAAUCAGUUGAUAAUGUAAAUGAAACAGAAAUGGAGGAGGGAGGUGAAACAAAGAUUAGUGAAGACGAAAACAGUCAGAAGGGGGAUGACGAAAAAGAAAAAAAUAGUGAGGACAAAAAGGAGAAGGAACAGAAAGCUGAAAGUGAAAGUGAUAGUGAUAAUGAGAAAAAGAAAUCGAAAAAGAAAAACUGGCGCAAAGAUAAACUUCUGACAGUAAGGAUUGAUAGCAGCGAUUCAGAAGAGGAGUUAAAAAAAUAUCAUAAGAAGAAAGAUCAGUCAAAAGACGAAUCAUUAAGCAGCGACUCUGAAAUAAAAUCUCCCAUCAUAAAGAAAAGGAAAGUGAAGAAAAGAGUCAGAAAAGCUGUCGUUUCAUCCGACUCGGAUGGAUCAAACAAAAAUAAUCGAAGUUCUGGCAGCAGUAAAAAAACUGACAGCUCCGACGAAAAUAAAUCUGAUAGUGACAGUGACAAGAAGGAAGAAGUAACUAAAAAAACAACUCGAAAAAGGAUAAAAAGGACCAACGACAGCAGCAGCAGUGACGAAGAUAAGUCGACUAGGAAAAAUAUUAGAAAGGUUAUAGGUCGGGACUCUCUAUCUGAGACCACGAAACAGGCCGAGGCCGAGGAGAAAGAACGUAAGGCCCGUAUCGCAGAAAAACAGAAAAAAUACAAUAAAAUAUUUGAGUUCACUGCCGAUUCCAAAGUGGAUAAAGUGGUUCUAGAUUACGACGAAGAAAAAAAAGAGGAGUUGCUGGCUGUGGACAAAAAGGUUGUGAAAAAAUUGAAACCCCACCAAGCUAGCGGUGUCCAAUUCAUGUGGGACGCUUGUUUUGAGUCCAUUGAAAGGGCUAAGAACACCAAAGGAUCUGGCUGCAUUUUAGCACACUGCAUGGGUCUAGGAAAAACAUUGCAGGUCAUAGCCCUGUCUCAUACCUUAUUAAGGAAUGCGAAAAGUACAGGAGUUCGUAAGGUUAUGGUCGUAUGCCCUCUUAAUACAGUACUAAAUUGGAAAAGCGAAUACAAAAAAUGGAUGCCAAGAAAUGAUGAAUUUGAGGUUUUCGAACUGGUGUCCUCCAAACAAAAUUACGAGAGACAGUAUAUUGUCACUGAAUGGUGCAAUGACGGAGGCGUUUUGAUAAUCGGAUAUACCAUGUUUCGAAACCUUAGUAAUCCCGACAACAAAAGGCUAAGCAAGAAAAUGCGAAAUGUGUUUAAUGAGGGUUUAGUAGACCCAGGACCUGAUUUAGUUGUAUGCGAUGAAGGGCAUCUAUUAAAAAAUGAAAAAACCCACCUCAAUAUUGCCAUGAACAGGAUUAAAACUUUAAGAAGGAUCGUACUUACCGGCACUCCGCUGCAAAAUAAUCUCAAAGAAUAUUGGUGCAUGGUGCAGUUCAUAAAACCCAAUCUCCUAGGGACCUACAAGGAGUACUUGAAUAGAUUCGUGAAUCCAAUCACGAAUGGACAAUACACAGACUCUACACAGCACGACAUUCUGCUUAUGAGGAAGAGAUCCCAUGUGCUCCAUAAACUUUUGGAUGGCGUCGUUCAGCGCAGAGAUUAUGCUGUUCUUGAGCCAUACUUGCCCCCAAAAUAUGAGUACGUUUUGUUUAUCCAACUCACGGAAACACAAGUGAAAAUUUACAGCCAUUACAUGGAUAGGUUUGCCCGUCAGAAUGACGGUUCCAAUAGAACGUCAUUUUUAUUUGCUGACUUUCAAGAGUUACAAAGGAUAUGCACUCAUCCCCGGGUUCUCCUCGAUAAGUCGAACGAAAGGAAGGAAAAAGAGCUUGAUGAGGAUUCUGAAGGUUCACUGAAAGAUUUUAUCGAUGAUGGAGAAGCCUCCUCGGAAAAAUCGUCUGCAAGUUCAUCUUCAGGAUCAAAUUCUGAUUCUGAUGGUUCCGGUAAGGACAAAGAUAACAGAUCUAAAAGAAAGCAGCAGAGGGUACGUGUAACAAGAGCACAGGCAGCACAGAGAAGAGAAAACAAUGAAGAGAGUGAUCCAGAAUUGGAAGUUGUAAAAAAAGAAUGGUUCCAAGAGUACUGCGACGGCAAAGAAUUGGACAAUAUUAACAACAGCGGAAAGUUAUUUUUGUUGUUCCAAAUCCUUAAAGAAUGCGAGGAAAUAGGAGACAAAGUGUUAGUGUUCUCUCAGUCUUUGUACACACUGAAUUGCAUUGAAUAUUUCCUCGAGAAAAUUGAUGAGGCCACCCAAAACGGUACUCCCGAAAAAGUCGGUGGGCAUUCAGGCGCUUGGUCAAUAGGGUUAGACUACUUUCGUUUGGACGGAACGUCUAGUUGCGACAACAGGGCAAUCUGGUGCAACAUGUUUAACAACCCUAACAACAUCAGAGCGAGGUUGUUCCUUAUAUCCACGAAGGCUGGCGGUUUAGGAAUAAACCUUGUGGCAGCUAACAGAGUAAUAAUUUUCGACGUUUCAUGGAAUCCGUCACAUGAUAUCCAGAGCAUCUACAGAGUGUAUCGUUUCGGUCAGACCAAACCCUGUUACAUUUAUAGAUUUGUUACAUACGGCACAAUGGAGAUGAAGAUAUACGAAAGGCAGGUUACCAAACAGGCUAUAUCAAAACGGGUCAUCGAUGAACAGCAAAUCGACAGGCAUUACAACCAGAACGAUUUACAGGAACUGUACAAAUGUGACUUGGAACCCACCGAUCGACCCAUACCAAUGGUGCCCAAAGAUGUGCUUUUGGGUGAGUUGUUGCAGAAAUACGAGAAGACAAUUUAUAAGUAUCACUUGCAUCAGUCCCUGUUGGAAAAUAAAGCAGACGAAGGGCUCAACGAAGAAGAGAGGAAGGCUGCUUGGGAGGAAUUUGAAAAUGAGAAGGUUCUCAGGAAGAACACAGGAACCGGUUUAAACCCUAACUUUAAGGUCAAUGCUCAAGCAAUAGAAACUGCCCUAGCAAGUAUCGUGAGGAAAGACAACCCCACUUGGACGGACGUACAAAUUAAAGGGAUUAUCCCGGCACUCGUUCAGCAACUGCAGGUCCAGUUGUCUGAAGGUGACAUGACAAUGUAUGCUAGAGUACAACAGGAGAUACAGUUGAUGCAGGAAAUGCAAGCUCAGAAGCUGAGAGAGGCGUAUUAUCAGCAACAAGUUAUGAGGAUGAUUCAAAGACAACAGCAACAGGCAAAACUGAUGGGCAAUUUAUACGUUGAUCCUAAUCAGUUAGGAAGAAUGCCAGGAGGUACCUUCAACAAUCCAUUUUCUGGUAACAUGAACAUGAACCAAGGAGGGCCGAGCACAGCUCCGCGAUUUUCGAAUGAUGUAAUAGAGUUAAAUGACUGACCAUAAAAAAAAAAUACCUUCGUAUAAGUUAACAGAAAUAAGAAUUAUAACUUUAAAAGUGUAAAUAUUAGUUAGAAGCAUUUGGAUUUUAAGUAUUGUGUUUACUUUAUUCUCAUUUCUGUGAUCAAGAAGUUUUUAAAUAUUUCAAAUAAAACUAAAAUAGUUAAUUAAA